UCCAGAAAUUCUAACAUGAAGGGGUGAUUUUUACGUGAAACAAUGGACGAUAUCUUCUAUCUCUACCGAUGGAACCUCAUAAUGUUAGGGGUUCCACUGCCGGCGAAAUCCGAUCCAAACCUAACUCAUUAUUAAGCAUGGAUAGAUCAUGCAAUAAAUUAAAAUAGUCAAUGGAUAGACUCUGGGUGGCCCAUUGGGCCAGCCCACCCCAAACAAUGAACAUUAAUAUCACCAAACAACCAAAAUUAAAUACUACAUAAAUGAACAAAAUAAUAAUAAAUGCCAUCAAAUGAAUAAAAAGGAACUCGGAUUUCAUGUUGAUAGCACCGCCGCAGAGGCGUGAUAAAAUUUAUUUUCACCCCGUAAUUUCUGUGAUAUUACACACCAUGAAAUUAAUUCAUGCAAAAAGGUGCAUGACAAAUUAUUAAUUAACCUCUAAUAAAUUUGAUGAUUGUGAAAUCAUUGUCCAAUUGAAAAUGAUGUCGUUGUUUUGGUAAAUACGAACAAUAUAAAUUGGCUGGUCAUGAAGAUCCACAGACCACAAUUAAAGAAGUGAAGGAAACACACAAGGCAUAAUUGAAAUGCUGGAAUUAAAUAUUCCAGUGUGAUGGGUUCGAAGGCUGUCUAUGAUUAGUGUGUGGGACAAAAUAAUAUAUUUGAACAAUUAAUGAUAAUUAAUGUUUCUUUAAUUAUGUGAAAUUUUCAUAAUUUGUCGUGAUUAAUAUGUCAAUCUAAAGCUUUUUAGAUGUAAAACUACGUACUUAUGAUAAUUUAUUAAUUAACAGUUAGCUAAAAAGAAGCAUCACUACCUGGGUCGGCGGGUGGUCCACCACUCCGUUGGUGUGCUUCUCCCGUAUAUAUACGAUGCGGCCGCAUCUAUCCUCCGAAGAAACAGAGCACCCACCAGCUCUUCUAUGCGCUCAUUUAAACGAGGCCAUGGUGGAUGUUGACAGACGAAUGGCCGGCCUCGCCACCGCCCACGCCGCCGGACUCCGCCGUCUCUCGGCCCGCGCCGCAGCCUCCGCGCCCUCCUCCCCUUCGUUCUCCGUCUCCCAUCGCGGCGGCCUACUAUCUUUCCGCCCCCUCGCGGAAUCCAUCCUCGCCUGCCUCCGCGCCGCCUCCAUUCCUGUCCUCCCCGGUCUCUCCGAUGUUGAGCUCGCGCGCCUGGAGGCCGACUUCGGCCUAUCCUUCCCACCGGACCUUCGCGCCCUUCUGGUCCUCGGCCUUCCCUCCGCUCCCGGCUUCCCUGACUGGCGCUGCCCGGAUGCCGCUCCCGGCCGUCGCCGCCUCCUCCUCCGCGCCAGAUUAGACCUACCCCUCGCCGCCGCUUCACUCCAAGUCGCUCGCGGCGCGCUCUGGCCGAAAUCGCGGGGGGCCUGCCCGGCGGACUCCGAUCGAGCUCUCCGCCACGCCCGCGCCGCCCUUCGCCGUGCCCCGCUUCUCAUCCCACUCUUCGACCGCUGCUACCUCCCCGCCACCCCGUGCCUCGCCGGCAAUCCCGUGUUCUAUGUCGACGAGCACAAAGUAUUCUGCUGCGGCCUCGACCUCGCCGACUUCUUCCAAAGGGAGCCCGCUUUCCACACCGUUUCCGAUUCGCGGCCGCAUCUGAUCCGAUCCCCAAAUCCCCCGCUUCCGCCGCCUCCUGCUCGGCGGAGCCUUGACUCCGUGGCCGGGAGGACACCGCGGUGGAUCGAGUUUUGGAGCGAUGCCAGCUCCAAUCGUCGCCGCCGGAACUCCUCUUCUUCCUACUCCUCGUCCUCAUCCUCCUCCUGCAGAUCGGCGUCGCCGGAUCGGUUCGUGGAGAUCCGAUCUCCGAGGCGACUGCCAAGCUGGGUCGACGGCUACCUGGACAGAGUCGGAUCGGUACUCCGAUCGGCCGGCUGGGACGACUCGGAAGUGAGCGAAAUCGUUGGCGUUCCAGCCUCCGGAAUGUUCGACGGCGAAGACGAGGCGGGGACAGCGGCGAUUGACUCCGAGGCGGCGCUGGACGCGCUGCUUGUGAAGGCGGAUCACUGCUCCGACUCGCUGAGGCGAGCAGGGUGGAGCUCCGACGACGUCUCCGACGCACUGGGAUUCGACUUCCGGCCGCAGCGGCGACGGGGGAAGAGGGACCCGGUGAAGAUACCGUCGGAGAUGGCCCUGAAGGCGGAAAAGCUAGCGAAAGCGGUAACCCGAUCCUGACUUACUGACAACGUCCAAAUCCAUAACCGCCUUUGUGUUUUACUUUUUGGCUCCUUUUAACCAACUGGGGCAUCCAUACGGAACGGGAAGCCACCGUAUAACGGAGAACAUGUACGUGUAUAAAACUACAGUAGUCCUUCCAAUAUAUACGGCUUAUUAUCUCAUCAUAAUUGUUUUUGGAUCAGUUUAAGAUAUCCUUUCCAUGAUUGUUUUUUUGAGUCACUUGGACUCUAGAUCUAAGCUAAAUCAAGUCAAACUUUGUAUUUUUUAAAAAACAAUUAUUUUUAAAAAGUAAACCCUAGCUUACACAUGAAAAGA